AUGGCGCUACCACAUCGAGCCGUAGCACCUUUCCCCUACCAUAGACCGCUUCAAGUUCAAGGAGAAGAGUCAAAAAACUCGGAUAGAAAUUUGCGGCGUGAUCAUCUCUUGAGGGAAAGCUUUCUGGCUGUCCGCUUUGCUGAGGCUUUCGUUCGUCUUGUCCGCGCUGCCUCGCUUUCGCCACCACACAAGAACUAUCUGUUGGCAAUAUGCGACGAUCGCCGUCGAAGCAAGCUCGCUGGUGUCUCGUGUCUUCUUUGGCCUUCUUACUGGCACCGGGGUCUGCUCAACAAAGACGACAACGCUAGUAACAAUCCAGAAUUGGAAAAGACCUUUGGCGGUUAUACAGCCAAACAGCGUCUACGCGAAGAGGUCGAAUCCCCCUUUCGCACGGUCCGUCUCUUUUUCUUUGGCUCUUCCACCGGCUCGGCACUCACAGCAUUGUACUUUUCCCUCCUCAACAUCCUUAAGGCCAAGUCGGGAUUAUAUACGGACGGCCCGUCUCUGGACGACGCCCUGCAGAGUACGGCUAUCAAUGUCGCGGCUGUCCUCAUCUGCGGUUAUCUUACCUACCGCGACUGGAAAGCCGGCGAGACGAACCUGGCUCGCAUCGCCAAGGGCGGUGCCCUCGCUCAGCUUGUCGUGAACGGUCCUUCCCCACGUACUCUCGCCAGCUACCGCCGGAACGCCCGGGUACUCAUCGCCGUUGGUGGGGACGGUUACAUUGAUACCCUUUGUCGGAGCCUCAACGCCGAUCAACGUGCCGACGUCAAUUCGUUGCCUCAAGCACUCAGCGAAGCGGAAGUUGUAAUUGUGCCAGUGUUGCUGCAAAGGAAUGGCGAGACAGAUUGGCGAGUGGGAGACGUCAAGAGUCGUUGGAGUGCUACCGAACCGACCGACAGCGAUCGAAACAUGGACGUCACACGCGCCGACGAGGUGGUGGCUUUUCCGCGGAGCCCUGGUCCGUGGAUAGACUACCUACGCGAUGAAAUCGCCACGGCACAGUCCCAAGGGUUUGAUGUGCUGCAAAAGGGUUUCAUUAUUGUCGUCAAGAAAAAUGGCCGUAUCCUUCGACGAGCCACGGGACAACCACCCUUUGACGAAUUGGUGUCCAACAUGGAAGUCCUGGACGGAUCCAAGUUUGGCAUGCCCGGUGACGAUGAAAAAUAUUCUUCCAAACCGCUGUAG